AUGGUCAGUCCAUGGACUUUAACAAUCUAUGCUUGCAUGAAUGAAUUAAUUCCCACGACUUGGUUCUCUGCUUUUCCGGGACCAUUCGCAGCCAAAUUCACCAAGAUAUGGCGAGCGUACGCCACAUACCGAGGCCAAUGGCAUCGGGAAAUAGUAGAGUUGCAUCGACAAUACGGUAAUGUUGUGCGAAUCGGACCGAACGAACUAAGCGUAGGGGAUCCGGAAGCGUUUAGGACAAUUUACAGGGUCAACGGUGCCUUUGUCAAAUCCGCUUGCUACGCGGUACUUCAGGGAUCGCGGCCUUUUGACUUAACGGGGGAGCGCAAUGAGAAGAUUCACUCGGCCCAGAGACGGCUCGUGGCACGCCCUUAUUCGAUGGAGUCGGUUGUCCACCUCGAACGCCAGGUCACCCAUCUCAUCGACGACUUACUGAUCAAGUUUGAUACCUUUGCUUCAUCGUCACGCUCCAUUGACAUUGGUAAUUGGUUUCAACUCUUUGCUUUUGACGUCAUUGGAGCCGUCUCUUUUACGAAGCCCUUUGGGUUUGUUGCCAAGGCUAAUGACGAUGGCAUGCUUACUCGAAUCGAGCGAUCCUUGGGCAACACUGCCUGGCUGAUGCACGUCCCGUGGCUCUUCAACUUUCAUCAAAAGUACAUCCUCCCAGUUUUUGGAAAUUUUCUCAGGGCAAAUGAUAGAAACAAUUUCUUUUUCAAGUUUGCAAAGUCCGAGGUGCAAGACCGGAGAGACAAGGGAGGCAACGACAACAAUCUUGUGGGACAGCUCUUCCAAGCUGCACAUUCCAGGGCGGAGCUGAACGAUCUCGUGAUCUCGUUCAUGAUGGCGUCCAACGUCUUUGCAGGGUCUGACACAACGUCUCUCGCUCUUCGGGGUAUCUUCCUCAAUCUCCUCCGCCACCCCCAUAUCCUAUCUAAGCUCAGAGCCGAGAUGGAAGAGCGACGAGCCGCGGGCUGUCUUUCAAGUACAGUCACCUUUCAGGAAGCUGAAGCCUGUCCCUAUUUGCAAGCUAUCAUGCAUGAGGCGUUGAGGGUCUUCAGCCCGGUAGGAUUCAAUCCCGACAGGGAUGUUCCCAAAGAUGGAAUGAUGAUCAACGGCAUAUUUGUUCCCGGAGGUACUGUUGUGGGCAGUAACGCGUGGGUUAUCCACCGUAUGCCUGAGGUGUGGGGUGCCGAUUUCGAAGAGUUCCGGCCUGAGCGCUGGUUGGAGCGCGAGAGCUCAGGUGAACUAAGUGAGAAACGCAUAUCAACGCGCUGA